AUGCCUCUCAUUGACCCUCAUGACCAUCGCACUCAGCUUCUGCUUGUAGCUGCCGGCACGGCAGUUGCGACGGCCUCUGUUCUGAGCGCGUACAACGCACACACUCGGCGUAAGAAGCGUGCCGAGCUGAGUGACAGCAUCAAAGCGUCGCUCAGUCGGGAUGUCCCAGACAGACCCGGGCAAAUUCUACCGUCGGCAUCUGACUUCGCUUCUUCGGCUUCGAAGGCGAAGGGAAAGCAACGUGCCGACCUUAGCGAGAGUCUGGAGGAGAAGGAAGAGGAAGAAAUCGAAGCUUAUGCAUAUGACGAGGAACUCAUACGGGAGCAAUUGGCGAGGAACUACGCUUUCUUUGGAGACGAGGCUAUGGCGAAGGUCAGGAAGGCGAAGGUGGUUGUGGUCGGAUGCGGAGGUGUAGGAAGUUGGGCGGCAGUCAUGCUUGCGCGGUCUGGUGUAUCAAGUAUCCGACUUAUUGACUUCGACUACGUGACCCUCUCAUCCCUGAAUCGACAUGCGACUGCAAGGCUUGCAGACGUCGGAACGCCGAAGGUACUUUGCGUGGCUCGUGCGCUAUCAAGUAUAGCUAGAUUCGUCGACGUUGAUCCCCGCAUCGAGCUCUGGCGCGCGGGAGAGGGAGGCGAACAACUCCUGGAAGGGGCGGAUUGGGUCGUAGACGCAAUAGACAACAUUCAAACGAAGGUCGACUUACUCAAAUACUGCGCGCAGAACGGCAUUCGCGUCUUCAGCAGCAUGGGCGCUGGCGCGAAGGCGGAUCCUACGCGUGUGCAAAUUGCCGACCUGAGCGCCACACAUUAUGAUCCACUGGCGCGUUCUGUCAGGCAGAAGCUCAAGGCAGCUUUGGGAAAAGACGCGGCAAACGUGGAGAUUCCCGUAGUGUAUUCCACGGAGGUUCCGGGAGAGGUUUCGCUACUACCGCUCGCGGACGAGGAGUUCAAGAAAGGCAAGGUCGACGAGCUUGCUGCAUUCGACGACUUCCGCGUCAGGAUUCUUCCUGUCAUCGGUCCACUGCCUGCCAUCUUUGGCCUGCACAUAGCGUCGUAUCUCGUCUGCGAGCUGGCAGGAAAACCACUGGAGCGUCCACUGCCUGUUCGCCAUCGGAAGAAACUGUAUGAGCGACUUUGGAAAGACCUUCUACACCGAGAACAGCGAAUCGCCGGUCAUGAACUGGGUACAUUGCCCCUCUCGCAUGUUGACAUUGCCCUCAUCUUCGAGGAUAUCGCCACGGGUCGCUCCAUUGUGCCGCCAUACGCGACAUGUGCUCGUGCGGCGCUCGUGCGCUGGGAUCCAUCUCAGCCCCUAUCAACUGAGAACUGCGUAGUUGCCGAGUUCAAAGAGGCCGAACGAGCGGUGCGCGAAGUGUUCGGCGUCAUCGAGGUACCGAGGAAGCAGGCCAGUGAGAGCAGCGGGAACGGCGAGAGCUCCGGUGACGAUUCAGGCGAGCUCAUCAGUAUGGCUACGUCGGCGGCCAGUUCGGGCGUGCUUGUACCUGGAGAGACGAGCGUCAGGGUCGUCGACGCGAAGGGCGACCUCUUAGGCGUGAGGCCGGGAGCCCGCAGUCCUGAGAUUGUAUGGGGCUCUGACGCGACGAAAGUAGCUCUCAAGAGGAUUGAAGAAGCCAGAAAAUUCAGGGAGUGGGCGUUGCAGUAA